AUGAGAAACACCAGCCGCCCUUUGACUCUUGUGCUGCCCCUCACGAACUUUGGCAACGUGUUGAUGUUCCUUUUCAGUGUUUUCCUGGCUGCAACCAUCAUUUUCCUCAACGUGUCUGUGUUUCUCUCCAUCCUGCUGAACACAGCUUUACGCAGCGAGAACCGCUUCAUGUACAUGCUGAGCACUUGCCUCAGUGACAUUUGUACGGGAGUGUCUUAUUAUUAUGUUGGUGUUCUCGAUGUGAGGGAUGCCUAUGACUCCCCCACGAAAACCUUUUACAUUGUUCCCACAUUUCUAGGACUGUCUUUCAUGGCUAUCCUGGCCGCGCAGGCGGACAGAUACCACGCCAUCUCGUCCCCCUUUAAAUACUCCCAGCGCGUGACCCGAAACAGGACCGUGAUGGUCAUCGUUACCUACUGGGCCUACGCUUUCUUAAUCGUCGCUGUGAAGAACCUGGUCACUGUCGGUGUUGCCAAACAGGUCACAGGCUUUGGCACUUUUGUCGCGAACAUAUUCCUAGUUAUCAUAAUGAUAGUGCUCAAUAUCCGAUUGUUCAUCAUUGCCAGGUUUCAGCUGGAGAGGGAGCAGCCCUCCGAGGAGAGAGACAGCAAGCGUUCGUCGGUGUAUCUCAUACUGGUGGUUGUGGUGUUCUUCUUGGGGACUUGGCUUCCUAUAUUUUGUCAUAUUAUCAUUUGUAAUUUCAUUGGCACGACCUGUUAUACCUUUAAAAAUGAGGGCACUGACCCUAUUCGCAUUUUGCCCCGAGUUAAUGCUGCCCUGACCCCCAUUCUGUACAUUAGAGGGUGCUCUGCGCUCAGAGCAACGCUGCUCGCCAAAGUGUGGAGACCCUGCCGUGGGAAAAGGUGA